UAUUUCAAUGGAGGAUGCACCUUGUUCUAUCAAGUCAAUAAAACCCCUUUUUUCUAUGAAAUUUCUCUUUCGAUGGAUGAGUUUCUCAUAUGAAAGUUAGCAUUUUUAUUCCUUUUUUUUCUCGUGUCAACGUUUUUUUUAAUGUAAUUUUGAUUAUUUGCUUGGAGUUCAAGUGAUAACAUGGAUUAGGUAAGGAUCUGAUUCUGCGUUGUUUUGCAAGUCAACAAAGGUUCGAUUUUUAUUUGCUUUAGAGAGAGAGUUAAUCAGCUCUUAAUCACUGUUAAUUAGUGUUGAAUCUUUGUGAUUAUGGAUUUGCUGAUUUUCUGGGGAUUUGUAUGAGCAUGAAAAGGGAUUGAAUUUCAGGGUCUGGGUGUAUCAUCUUGUUCAUGGUCUUUGAAUAUUUUGAUAAUUUUGGAGGUAUUUUCGUAGAAUUUUCUAAGUUACCUGAGAUUAAUGGAUCAAGAGGAAAGGGGUGAUAGGAUAGAAACUAGUCAGAAUUCGAGUCAAAUUGAUGGAAAUUCGAAGAAUUCGAAUAAUGAAAUUUUAUAUGAGACUGUUACUGUGAAAAAUUCUGAGGAAAAUGUUGAGUUGGGAUUGUGUAAGCUUCAGGAGAUGGGUUAUGUGAGAGGAAUCGGUCCGGAUUCAAGUCAAAACGAUCGAAGGACCGGGAAAUCGAGUAGUUUAGUCGAAGGAAAUGUAAACAAUGAAGUGGUAUCAAGGGAGGGAUUCGUUGAAGUGAGCGAGGAAAUAAACAAGACGAGAGGAGUCGAUGAAGUUGAUCGAAGAAGUGGGAAUUCGGAUGAUUCGGCUGAUGGAUGUGUGGUUGAGACUAUUAUUGUUGUUAACACCCAAGAGACUGAAUAUGUGAGUGAAAGUAAUGGUGUUGUACAAUUGAAUGACAACGGAACUGGUUCAAGUAAAGUGUUAACAGAAAGGCCAACGAGAAAGGCGGACUCGUGCGUCAUCGAUAUAAACGGAAGUGUUGGUGGCAAAAUACGGUUUAAGGAGAGUUCUGACGGGGAAAGAGUUUGUCGGAUUUGCCAUUUGACCUCGGAGCAGUCAUACGAGUGUACUGAUAGUAUGCCAACUACUGCAGCUGCUACGGAUCUAAUUCAACUUGGCUGCGUGUGCAAAGAUGAGCUAGGAAUCGCACAUAGUCAUUGUGCCGAGCAUGGUUUAAGCUGAAAGGAAACAGAAUGUGCGAAAUAUGUGGUCAAACAGCAAAAAACAUCACCGGUGUUCGAGAUAAUAGAUUUUUCGAAGAUUGGCAUGACCAAGGAUCUACCAGCAUCGGUUUUAGCUCACCGUAUCAGGGUGCAGGAUGUUGGCGUGGACAGCCAUUCUGUAACUUUCUGAUGGCAUGCCUGGUAAUAGCCUUUGUACUUCCAUGGUUCUUCCAUGUAAAUAUGUUUUAGUUCCACCAUUUUCACCCGCUUCUCGAGCGGCUUCUCCUGAAUUUGGGUGGAUACGAAGUUACUUGGUGUGUCUGGUUUUCAAUGCACAUACAAACAUAAGUAGACCUAACGGCUUGAGGAUUCAGACUCAUUAGCCGAGCCUCGAUGAGACUAUGGCGUUGUUGGGAUUUGUUGUUCGGUCUGGCAUACAUGUCGAAGCUUUAGACGAUGAUGGCUUAGGUUGUCGUCGUACCGGGAUAAUGUUUCAUGUUUUUGUUAUUGUUUUAAUGAUAUAAAUGUCGCAUUAUAUGACAAUUUCAUUAAGGGAAUUCCCAUUUGUACACAUUGAAUGUAAUCACAGAUUUGGUCAGUACAGAUUUCAUUUUAUAAU